AUGGCGGAGAUCUCCAUCUGGGUGGGCAACCUGCCGCAGGGCACAACAACGGAUCAACUGCGUGCCGAGUUCGUGGCCAAGGGUGUCAAAACUAUGUCCGACGUCUUCAAGUUCCCCGAAAAGAAUUUUGGCUUCGUGCGGUUCACGAGCGACGAGGAGGCGCAGGCUGCCCUGGUGCAGGCGGCUGGCAUCACCAUCAACGGGGAGGCGGUGGAGAUGAAGAUCGCGAACAGCAAGAAGAAGUCCGGUGGCGACGGAUGGGGUGCGUGGGGCGGCGGCUGGGGCGGCGGUGGAUGGGGCCCCAUGAUGGGAUGGGGGGCGUGGGACCCCUGGAGCAUGUGGGGCGGGAAGGGCGGAUGGGGCCCGUACGGCGGCGGCAAGGGCGGGAAGGGCGGCGGCAACACCAAGUGGAACGGGGAGUACUCCAUCUGGGUGGGGGGGCUGCCCGAGGGCACGACUUCCGAGGAACUCAAGGAGGCCGUCACCACCGUUGGUGUGACCACCAUGGCAGACGUCUACGCUCCGCCGGGGAAGAACUUCGGCUUCAUACGCUUCGGCACGCAGGAGGAGGCCGAGGCGGCCUCGCAGCUGACCGCCAACGGCCUCACCAUCCGUGGGCAGACGGUCGAAGCGAGGCUGUCGAACACCGAGAAGCAGAAGCGCGCCGGCGGCGGCUGGGGCAAGGGCUGGUGA